AUGUCUACACCUUCAGGCGCUGCGGCGCCAGCAUUCUCCUAUGCACAGGCUGCCAAAGGACUUACUCCAACAACUUCAAGUCACCCAACGCCGCGUAACGAAAGCCCUGCGUCCUCCGAGAAGAACACCAGAGAGCGUUCCGCCACAGAGUCAAACAUUGGCCAGCCAACAGGCAAAUCCAUUCGUGAGAAGAACGAAGCAGAUGGCAAAGCCAACACAGAGGCUGCACAGCAGAAAUCCUCCAGCGAGGCUACUCCGGAAAAGGAUGUUUCAGCCAACGUACAGAAAGUCCUCGACGCACCAGAAACUUCAUCUGAGCAGGCCGGCUUGUCCGGCAAAGAAUCUAGCCAGGAUUCCAACAAGGAUGAGGCAAGACCGCAGUUAGUGAAUGGACGAACAACAUCUUUAGACCAAGCUUCGGAGGUUUCUGGACAGGGAAGUGCAGAGAAAAAGCCCAGAGACUCGGAGGAUGACUGGGAAAAGAUUUCUGUUCCUUCAAUGACUGCUGAGAAAGAGUUGAAGGCGGCCCCCAUCCCCGUGGUCAAUUUCUGGCAACAACGAAUCGAGGCUGCUGCCGCUGCUAAGCUGAAGGAAAAUGCAGGCCAACAGCGAAGUGCACCGUCAAACACCUCAAGAUCCGCGCCUCCUCGUGAGGAUCCCAAAAGCAGAGAAACCCACGAACGCGAAAGCAAGUCCGGUGAAUUUUCUCGUGCUAACAGUCGAAAGGAAUCGAUACCAUCUCGUUCUGCCAAAGACAGAACCGACAUUGAAGCACCACCUUCUGUCGCUGAUGCCCAGGCAUGGCCAACUCCUGACAGUUCACUCAUCGAAGAACGGCGUAGGUCGAGUACGUACGAGAAGGGAGAUAGGAUCGAGAACAAAAGCGGUUCCCAGACGAAGUGGAAGACCAUGCCCUUUGUGCCGACUGCUAAGUUCGAGACCCAGCUUCCAGCUGCUGCGGCAAGAAGAGGUGGUAGAGGAGGCGGACGUGGUCGGGAUCCCGCCGGCCGGGGUGGUCAUGCUGGUACUGGCGAGAAGCAAGAUGUGCCAGGCUCUAUGGGCCCACCUCCUUUGCCAAAGCCAACAGGUGAACAGGAUCGUGGUCGCCGAACCGAAGGACAACGUCUUCCGCGUGCGGGUUCAGUUCCUACGAGCAGUACUCGCCCGGACAGCAAUGAAGAUGCGACCCCAUCAUUCCGCAAACCAGCUGCUCCUGUCAGUAAGGAACAGAGUGGUGGUGAAGAAUAUCCAACUCAGAAGACGGAACAAAGUUCGAGGUCGUCUUCCAGGCACACUGGACAAGCAGCAGGCCGGAAUACGAAUGGAGAGUCAGGCUCACCGUCUGCUCAGGCUGCUCCUCUUACUUUCGGUCAAUCAACUGAGCAUGGUUCCCGUUAUUCAUACUCUUUCGAUCGAUUCAAGGGAUCAGGAAGCAGCAAUCCCCGUGGCAACCCAGAAUUUGUCCGUGAACGUGGUUCAGGUCGCAAUCGAGACUGGUCUAGAGACAAACCUGAGUCUGCACGAGAGAAGGUUGAAUCCUGGCGCGACCGCGACUCAUCAGGUGAUCAGAGCAACCGACGCGAAACCCGUGCUGAGCGUGGCCGAGGAGGCGGUUACCGUGGGCGUGGCAACCACACCUACAACCCUCCUUUCAACUCAUCGCACCCAUAUACCGCACCAUUGCCUCAAAAUGGCUUCGAGACUAGGUCCAGCUCUCAUACCGAGAGGGGUUCGAGGCAGAUUUCGCAACCUUUCCAGCCGACCCAACCACCAUCGGGUUCGCGCAACACGUCACGUUCGCAGUCUAUUCCUGUCGGAAUGAUGUACCCAAAUUUCUACCCCAAUAUUUCCCAAGGCCUACCAGCACUGCAAACAGACAUGACGAUGUAUGGCUAUCCGCAGCCAGUGCAGUUGCAGCCAGGAAUUAUGAGUGCUGUGCCAUUCAACGAUCCACUGAAUUCAUAUGCUCUGCUAUCAAUGGUUAUGACCCAGAUUGAGUACUAUUUUUCGAUCGACAACCUAUGUAAGGAUCUCUUCUUGAGGAAACAUAUGGAUGGACAGGGUUAUGUGCCACUUCGGGUAAUCGCAAACUUCAAGCGCAUCAAGGCUUUGACGGAGGACAACAUGACUAUCGACACUCUACGCUACGUCUGCCAACAAGUCAAGAGUGUGGAGUACUUUCUUGGAGCAGAUGGAGAUGAUCGCCUUCGUCGCCGAGACGGCUGGCGUGAUUUUGUGCUGCCGGAGGAAGAGCGCUUCACAGACGCCCGCAACGACGGCCCUUCGCAAUCAGCCGAGCAGCGUGUUUCAUCUUCUCAGUACGAGCAGCCAGCACCCUUUGACCCAUCCUUUGGUAUGGGCCAAAUCCGCGGCACUGGGAUGGGCGUUCCAACAACAAAUGGCAUGUUUCACCCAGCUUCCCCAAUGUCCUUCCUGCCCGGAGCUCAAGUCGAAGGUCAAGCACCUUUCGCGGCACCGUUCGAAGGCGUUUCUCCCGAAGAAGUCUCAAAUGUCGGCUACAAUCAGAGAUCAGCACCAACCAGCUCCACACCUGCCCAAGUCAGCGGUGUCGUUAUGGGUGGUCUAGCAAACGGCCAUCAUCGCGAGUCUUCUCGGGCAGACAUAGAAGAAAAUGCCUUCCCUGAUGAGGAAAUUCCAAACAUCAACAUUCGAAUGCAGCCUCGUACCUCAGCUGAGACCAAACAGCCUGCCGCUGGCGCUCCUUCUGCGGCUCCAGGAACUGGUGAGGGUAAUGCAGAUCAAAAACAAGCUCACAUUUCGAGCUUGAGCCUGCGAGGAGGUGCAGGCAGCCCGCAGCAACUCGAAGCACGAAAUAAUCUUUCUUUUGGAAAAGAUGCUACGGUUUCCGUGGCUGAUUCGGUCACCUACUUUACAAAGGAUGGCCAUGAGACCCAACUUCCACCUCCUCUGUCUGGUCAGUAUGACCAGAGCUAUCAAACAGUUCAUGACAUGGUUUUUCAGCAAAAGCUUCUUGGCAUCGAUGGUGCCCUGGAGCCCCUUUACUCGUUUUGGAGCGACUUUCUCGUCGACAAAUUCAAUGUGGGCAUGUAUGAGGAAUUCAAAUCAACCGCCAGCGCAGAUAUGGAAGAAGGCAGUGCUAGCGGCAUGAAUCAUCUUAUUCGUUACUAUGGCAAGGUCCUGAGUGGUCCUAUUCCCAUCAGUGAACGCCUGGCUGCUGAUAUGGUUCAGUUUUCACGGCAAGAAACUGAUGUUGCAUCUUCUCUCCUUCAUACACUUCGAGGCGCAUGGCGCAAUGGUGCUACCAACAUGAAAACUAUCAAGAGGCUCGGCGAUGUUCUGAGCGCUGAGGAAAAAGCCGAACUCGACAAAAGUGGCUGA